GGCUCUUCGGAGGCAGAGCAGAGUUGAGUAGCGGAGGCAGUCGACGAGAGAGAAAAGUGGUGUCACUGCAGCCAGCGGAAUGGACCACUGUGACUUGUCACAAAAGAUGACAGUUCAGCUGCCUCAUAUUCAAUGUGACAAGACCCUUUACCUGUAAAAUUUGUUCUAUCCAAUACUUGAGGAUUUCCUCGAUGAAAUGAGCCGAAUAAUAAUUAAAAACUUGGGCAAGAAGGUUUCAUAUUCGCAACAAAAGGGAUACUGAAGAACUCUAGCACACAAACUGAUGCUUAUGAUUUUCAAGAUUUAGGAUGACCAUGAAAAUUCAUGCCCAUCUCGGAAAAGCGAAGUCAAGCUGUUUUGACUAGAGUGAAUCUCUGGCUCCAAUGAGAAUGCUGUCGGCAGUGGUGCUUGGUGUCUUUCUAUCCCUCCUCAUCCUCCUGAUCAUUAGUGGUAAUGUGUUGGUGUGCCUGGCGGUUUGUGCCUCACGACAACUGCGCUGCCUCACCAACUGCUUCAUCGUAUCGCUGGCCAUCACGGACUUGUUGCUCGGUGUACUGGUCCUUCCGUUCUCUGCCCUCCAAGAUAUCACCGGUAACUGGCCCCUCGGCCCAGUGUUCUGCAACAUCUAUGUCUCCAUGGACGUCAUGCUUUGCACUGCUUCCAUCCUUAACCUGCUGGCCAUCAGCGUGGACCGUUACCUUGCCGUGACCAUGCCCCUUAGAUAUGCAUCACUUGUGCUGCCAUGGCGAGUUGCAAUGGCAAUGUUGUGUGUGUGGACCGUGUCUCUUGCCGUGUCUUUCCUGCCCAUCCACUUGGGAUGGAACACCCAAGAUUUGACGAUUCAGAACCGUGGGCCUGGAGACCCAGUGAAUCAAUGUCGAUUUGAGCUGAACGGGCCUUAUGUUGUGACAGACUCCCUCCUCACCUUCUACCUACCUCUGGUUGCCAUGUGCUGGACUUACCACCGUAUCCUCCGAAUUGCACGGGCACAAGCCAAACGCGUUAUUAGUGCUCGUCCAGCGCGCACCACCACUGGCUACAAGUGUGGCAAAAGUAGUACAACCACCACCGCCACCGCCGUGGUCUCCACUGUCACAGUAGUAGCUCUGAGGGAGCACAAAGCCACUGUGACACUGGCAGCAGUAAUCGGGGCAUUUAUGGUGUGCUGGCUGCCAUAUUUCAUCCAGUUCAUGGUGAACGGCUGGAGAAAGCAGCAAGAAUUUGGAACAGCAUACUCUGUGUUGUUGUGGCUGGGUUACAUCAAUUCAGCCCUCAACCCCAUCCUUUAUGCGGCUCUCAACAGAGACUUCAGGUUGGCCUAUGCUCGUCUGCUGAGAUGUCGGCGCCUUAGUUUUGAUAGGGGGAGGGCACAACAGCCAUUUCCCAUAACAACAGCCAGACAGCAGUGUAUGGAGGUAACGCUGCUGUGUGGCCACACACCCUCCACCUGCAGGGUAGGUCUGCCAGAGCAAGAAUUCAUGUUACAGGAAGUAAACUGCACUACAGCCACUGCCGCUAUCCAGCUUUCCAAUGGUGCCACUACAAAAGAUGUCAAUGACAAUGAAAGCCCUUGUUUCAACCAUAACUCGGGGGAGGAUAAAUGGGAGCAUCGAUACUUCAACUUUCCACCUCUAGCCAGGAAGAACCAACGGGAAACGAGGCGAGCAGGCAUCCAUCCUGAAAGAAGGGAACGACGGAUGAUAAUACGGCACGUGGAUUCAAAUGUUUAGUGGUUUCAUAAUCAUCACGUGACAGCCAGCCAUUGAAAAGAGCAUGGACGGUGGCUCUGAAAGCCACGUCGUCGACAUGGACCUGAAUAUGAAAGCUCUGGGAAUCUGGAAUGUUGAGACUCCUCAGCCAGUCCCAUGAGCCAACUCCAUCGAUGCCGACUCAAGGCUGCACUCAAGUGGAGGCACGAGGAAUCAUAACUUGGACAUUUUACAAGUGAAAUGGACAUCUAAUGGAGAUUGAAAUUUGUCGUUUUGCAGAACCAGAUGGAGCACACAACUGCAACGGUGAUAAAGUGACAGCUGUGAUGACUACCACAUGUGGCACAUAAUGUGAUAUGUGACAUUUGGAGGCACAGCACACAAGCUAGCAAAAUGCCUCCUUGUGAAAGAUUGCAGAACUCUCCAGACUUUGCCUUCCGUGCCGCCCAUACAGCGAGGCAACAGAGUAAAGGAAUUAACAAAAUAAACUCAAUUAGGGCACUGAUAACUGGUUUGUAUCUGCAAAAAUGAAACCAAACAAAAGAUUCAACUGUACCAA